CCGGAGGCUGCGCGCGCGCCACCUUCCCCCACCCCCUCCCGGCCGCCCGCUCCUCCUUAUUAGAGCGAGAGAGCGGACGAGACAUCCGGUUCCGCCCCGAAUCCGUGCUUGUGAGGGAGGGAGGGAGAAAGAGAGAGAGACGGACGCGCUGCCCCAGUCGCUCCUCCUCCCCCCCCUCCGCGCCCUCGGCCGGGAAGCGAACCCCGGACCCUGAGACGGAGAAAGAAGAGCGUCUAGCCUUUGACACUGUCUACCAAAGAAAUGGUGAUGGAGAAGCCAAGUCCGCUGCUUGUAGGGCGGGAGUUCGUGAGGCAGUACUAUACCCUGCUAAAUAAAGCCCCCGACUUCUUACACAGGUUUUAUGGCAGGAAUUCUUCUUAUGUGCAUGGUGGACUGGAUGCCAGUGGCAAACCACAGGAAGCCGUGUAUGGCCAGGCUGACAUACACAAGAAGGUGAUGUCCCUGCAGUUUAGUGAAUGCCGCACUAAGAUCCGCCAUGUGGACGCUCAUGCAACUCUGAACGAUGGAGUAGUUGUGCAAGUUAUGGGGGAGUUGACAAAUAAUGGGCAGCCGAUGAGGAAAUUCAUGCAAACCUUCGUACUGGCUCCAGAAGGAUCUGUUCCAAAUAAGUUUUAUGUACACAACGACAUAUUCCGUUAUGAAGAUGAAGUAUUUGGUGACUCUGAAGCUGAACUAGAUGAAGAGUCAGAAGAUGAAGUAGAAGAAGAGCAUGAAGAAAGGCAGCCCUCCCCUGAGCCUGCUCAAGAGAAUGCAAGCAGUACUUACUACGAUAAUCACCCUGUAACUAAUGGAAUAGAAGAAACGUUGGAAGAAUCUACUCACGAACCUGAGCCUGAGCUGGAAUCUGAAUCAAAAGCUGAGGAACUAAAACCUGAAGCGGAAGAAAAAAAUAUUGAAGAGCUAGAAGAAAAGUCUCCAUCCCCACCUCCUGUAGAAACAGUUUCUCUACCACAAGAACCACCAAAGCAAAGAUUAGAAACAAAACCUGAAACCCAGUCUCAACCUCCUCGUGUGCGUGAACAGCGUCCGCGGGAGCGGCCAGGCUUUCCCUCAAGGGGCCCCAGACCAGGUCGAGGAGAUAUGGAUCCAAACGAAUCAGACAAUCGGCGAAUAAUUCGCUAUCCGGAUAGUCAUCAGCUCUUCGUUGGCAAUUUACCACAUGAUAUUGACGAGAAUGAACUGAAAGAGUUUUUCAUGAGCUUUGGGAAUGUUGUGGAACUUCGCAUCAAUACUAAAGGUGUUGGAGGAAAACUCCCAAACUUUGGCUUUGUGGUGUUUGAUGACUCUGAGCCAGUUCAGAAGAUUUUAUUGGCAAAACCUGUUAUGUUUCGUGGUGAAGUGCGCUUGAACGUAGAAGAAAAAAAGACCAGAGCUGCUCGUGAAAGGGAGACCCGAGGUGGUGGCGAUGACCGCAGAGAUAUCCGGCGCAACGACCGAGGUCCAGGGGGUCCACGUGGCAUUGUGGGUGGUGGAAUGAUGCGAGACCGCGAUGGAAGAGGGCCUCCUCUAAGGGGUGGCAUGGCCCACAAACUUGGCUCCGGAAGAGGAACUGGGCAGAUGGAAGGCCGGUUCACAGGUCAACGUCGUUGAAGACCCAAAUGUUGGCAGGCAGUCUUGGCAGUGAUACAUUAUUCGUCGUGUUUGCAUUCUUGUUAAUUUUCUGGCUUUGGAAUGUAACACAGCCUUUUUGAUCAUUUCUUUGAUGUGAGAAACAUCCUUUGGUUACCAGUUAAAUUGAGGUGGACGUUCUUUCCCCAAUUUCACAAAGAAGUCACACUGUUAACGUAUAACUUAGACUUGGAGAUUAAGGACUGUGAGAAAUGACCAUUUAAACUUUCUGCAGCGACAACUUUUAAAAAAAAAAAAAGGACAAGGGCGUGCCUAAUUUGAGUUAAGGUCCUUUCAGUAAAACAAAAAAAAAGCACCCUCCUGCUACACAUUUUGUGUAAGUGUUACUGUUUCUGCCUAUUACUGUUGGAAACGCAACUAGUGCAAUCUUUGCAAUUGGAGAAGCUUACCCUUUUCCCCCCUUAUAGAACACUUGGCUCCAAACAACUCACGUUUUUAUGAACUCAAAAGCGCACUAAUGGGUAUUUGACUCCUUUUACGUUGACAUCUGCUGAAAGCAGCAAGGAAAAAGUAGCUUGUGAAACGAUGCAGGCAUCUGCUCUGCUUUGCUCUGACCAAUAUAUGUACACACACACAAACCUUAACGAGACUACAAGUAUGUUCCAGAAGGAAACCAUUUAGCUGUAAACACAGAUGUAAAAACUUCAAAAAAUCAUAGUCCUGAAAACGAAACAAGUUUGGUUUGUUGUUUUUUUUAAAGGAUUUAAUGAGCUCCCCUGCCUUUCUCCAGAACAGGGAUGGCUAACCGCUCAACACACUCCUUCUCCCCUUUCCCCUUUCUGUAAGCAGUGUACAGUGAAAAAUUGUCUCUACUGUAUUGAGGUCUCUGGUAAUGUAAUAAGCAUGAUGGUGCCUUCUAUUAAAUACAUCAUUCCAGUGUUGCUGGUGAUUUUGUACAGUAUAGUGGUAUGAAUGGCUGUGCUGCAAAACUUUUAACAGCUGUAAAAAAAUGUUUAUAAAAUCAUUGUAUAAAAAAUUGCAGUAUCUUGAAAUCGGUAAAGGUUACUGGAAUAUUAUUUGCCUAGCUCUGCGGUUGACAUGUUUCUGAAGCCUUUGAAAGAGGGAGGAAAGAAAAUGGCUGCAUUUUUAAGAGAAAUGGAGUUGCGGAAGCGUGUGUGCAUUCUUGCAUAGACAAGUCCAAAGUUAAUCAAGCACGUACCUUUGUUUCAAGUAUACUUCGGAUAAGCAUAUUUAACAUAAAAACUUGUUACACCUCAAGGAUACUGCAAUUUUCACAGGGCAGGAGAAUAGCUCAAAGUAAUUGCUAUUUCCGGGUUUCUGAACUGUCGUCACCCACUUUGCACAACCUCGAAGCAACAUUGAUGCCCACACGGCUCAGAUAUGUACAUGGAGGGAGGACCUCCUCUUGUGUAUUUGGAUUUAUUUUUUUUUAGAGCAUCUUGAAUUUUGGUGAGAGGUUUGCUGUUUCCAGGUUCCUGUUUGCAUAGAUCGCACAUUCCAGAAAACUGCAAAUGUAGCAAAACGGCGCUCCCCCGGCUUCACGCUGGACAGCUCAGUAAGCCUCAGGAUUACUCUUGAGGAGGGGAGGCAAAAAUAUGUGACCACUCAGAGCUGCUCUAAGCAUGGAAGACCUCACUUGUUUUAACAAAAAUGCCUAAUGCAAGGAGCAUUUGGUUAAAAGUGACCAUUUGCUGUUUCCUAUGAAUGUGGAAAAUCUUGCCUGUGUGUUAAGGGGGAGGGGGAGUGAGUUUGCACCAUUUUCUCCCCUCCCCCCAUAAUAAUAAUAAUAAUAAUAAUAAUAAUAAUAAUAAUAAUAAUAAUAAAAAUAAUUGAGGUCUUCCAUGUUUGACGGUAAGUCUUGCACUAUUUUCAUACACUUUCUGGGACACAUUUCUCUCUUUCCAUGGUUAUAUUUGGGGGUGUGUUUUGUGUUGAACUGUUUCAUUUUCAGACGAUGCCUGGAAAUGUACUUGAAUGCCUCACCACAAACCAUAAACCUUUAAGUUGAAAGCCUUUCUUGAAACUGCUGUUCUCAGCAAGCGGUUUGCUUACCAGUGUUUUGUGUUCCUUGACUUUUUUUUUUAAGUGCUAUGGUAUUGCCCUGCGAUCUUAAAAGAAAAAACUCAUAAAAGGCAAAUGGCACUGGAGAAAUAAUCAGAAAAAUACGUAACUGACAAUUAGAGGAGCUACUGAGCCAUUCAGCUUACCCGGCCGGCUUCUUUAAAUGCCAUGAAUUAACAAUAUUGGAAGCAUACACAGAAGUUUACAUGGUGACCGUUCGCCUACUGUACUGUGGACUCAUAGUGUUCUUGUCCCUCCUUUCAAUAAAUGUACCUCUAGAAGAAAAAAGCAACAGAUCUCCUUUGACCUGUUAUAAACUGCUGAUUUGUUGACAAUGGGGUAGUAUUGCUAUAAUUGCAGAUCCUAUUUCAACAAACUUGCUUUAACCAUCUUUUGGCUUUAGUAGGUAUGCAAGACAGUGGACUUCCAUCUUUAUUGCUGUAAUGUGUUGAGCAUUAUAUGCUAGUAGAAUCUAGUUUAAUUGUUGCAGGUGGAAAGUAUUUACUUUUUAAGUUUCCAUUUUUGAAUGUGUUUUGACUAAACAUACCAAUAAACUACUGAUGUCUGCAGCAUU